AUGUAUUUUGCAGCUGAUGAGCUUGAAUAUCAGGCUGUAUUUCCUUGUGAACGUCUUGGCAUGGGGGCUUUCAGGAUUGCUCUAGAAAGCAUCUUUAACAGGAUUCACCACAAGCCAUUGGAGUAUACCUCAUUUGGAAAACCAAAUCCAGAAGUGUUCAAGAAUGCAGAGUCCAUAUUGAAGCAACUUCUUAAUGAAGAUCACAAAGACACAAUAAAUAAUUCACACCAUUUUGAAACCCUGUACAUGGUCGGGGACAAUCCUUCGGUUGAUGUCAAGGGCGCAAGACAGGCGGGACAUCCAUGGUUUUCUAUUUUGACAGGGACAUGUGUUUUUAGAGGAAAGGAGAACCAUACGGAUUAUCCCGCUGAUAAGGUUGUUGAUACUGUAGAAGAGGCUGUGGAAUAUAUAUUGCAAAGAGAGGCUAUAUAA